ACGGACCAGGGCCGCAGCAGCAUGCUGAUUGCAUCCCAAAUGGAACCAACAUAUGCCAGGACAGUUUAUCCAUGCUUUGAUGAACCAGCCAUGAAGGCAACAUUUAAUAUCAGAAUCAUCCAUGAUCCAAGCUACGUAGCUCUUUCCAACAUGCCUGCUAUUGAUGUUUCUGAAAUGAGGGAUGAGAAUGGAAGCGUGUGGGCCAUUACCACAUUUAAUACUUCGCUGAAAAUGUCGACUUACAUAACUGCUUUUGUGAUUUGUGAUUUUGAUUAUGUCACCAGAACAGAACGGGGAAAUGAGAUACGUAUUUGGGCUCGGAAAGAGGCAGUUAAAAAUGGGUAUGUUGACUAUGCUUUAAAUAUCACAGGCCCAAUAUUUUCAUUCCUGGAAGACUUGCUUAACAUCAGCUAUCCUUUGCCAAAGACAGAUCUGGUUGCACUGCCUGAUUUUGAAGCAGGUGCUAUGGAAAACUGGGGACUAAUGACUUUCCAAGAGUCAUCAUUGAUGUACCUCCCGAGUGAUAAAUUCACAGGCAGAAAGGCUGUGAUUGCCAUAACUACAUCACAUGAGAUAGGACACCAGUGGUUUGGAAAUCUGGUUACUAUGAACUGGUGGAAUGAUCUGUGGCUUAAUGAGGGAUUGGCGUCUUACUUUGAAUACCUGGGAGCCGCCUUUGUUGAACCCAAGCUUUCACUGGAUAAAGUCUUUCAUGAUCAUGUUAUACAACCCAUUUUAAGAGAGGACAAUGAAGUAGGAGUUCGAUCUCUGUCAGCAAGUGAAGACAAGAUUAAAGGAUCAUCUUUCUUAAUGUCUUUGUUUGACAACAUCACGUAUAACAAAGGGGCUUCCAUUACCUGGAUGCUUUCAAAUUUUCUGACUGAGAAGCUGUUUAUCAGAGCACUCAUUUCUUACCUGAAAACAUUUUCCUUUUCAAAUGCUAACCAGGAUGAUCUGUGGACGCACAUACAAUUGGUUGUAGAUGCACAGGAUGAAAUUCAGUUGCCAGCAUCUGUAAAAAAAAUAAUGGAUUCCUGGACGUGCCAAAAUGGGUUUCCAGUUUUAACAUUAAAUCUAUCCACUGGCACAAUCAGUCAGGAACAAUUUCUUAAUAAAAAGAAUGAAAACAGUACUGAUACAUACAAUAACACGUGGAUUGUUCCUAUUUCAUGGAUGAGAAAUGGAUCAUCACAACCCAUGUUGUGGCUUGAUAAAAGCACCAAAAUGUUUCCUGAAAUGCAAGUAUCAGAAUCAGAGUAUGACUGGAUCCUGCUCAAUGUAAAUUUAUCUGGAUACUAUCGGGUUAAUUAUGAUCAAUUAAACUUAAAAAGAUUAGCACAUGUGCUUGAAAAUGAUCCAAAGUAUGUAUUAAUGUGCUCAAAUAUGAGGCUUGUUUUUCCCUCAAAUAGGUUUGGAUAUAUUCAGAUUGAAUCAGCGCUUGAACUAACAAAGUAUCUUGCCAGAGAAGAUGAAAUCUUUAUAUGGAAUAUGGUAUUAUUAAAUCUAGUACCAGAGAUUUUGGAAAGUACUUUGAAAAACUAUGAAGUAUAUCCACUUCUAAAGAAAUACCUUUUAAAGAGAAUGUUGCCAAUAUACCAUUAUUAUGCAGGUUUAAUUCGGCAAAAUCUUGAUGCUUUGGAAACUGACUAUUUUGCUCAAGUAUAUUUGGAAAAACUUUUUGCAACAGCAUGUUGGCUGGGUCUCCAAGACUGUUUGGAUCUUUCAUCUGAACUGUAUGCGAAGUGGAUGAACAGCCCUGAGUACAAUAUUCCCUCUUUAAUUAGAAGAACAAUCUGUUGCUAUGGUAUUGCAAUGGGAAGUGAUAAAGAAUGGAAUUUUGCAUGGGAUAUGUAUAGCCAAACCAACUCCACAAAGGAAGAUAAAGACAUCCUACUCUUUGCCUUGAGCUGUGCCAGAGAAUCAUGGUUACUUUACAGAUACUUGCAAUAUGGACUCAGUGAUACAUUAUUUUCUUCCAACUGUACUUCAGACAUCAUCCUAUAUGUGAUGGUUAAGGAUAUUGGGCAACGUAUAGCCUGGGAAUUUGUGACAGAAAAUUGGCCACUUCUAAGUGAAAGGUGUGGGGAGGAACUAUUACAUGAUAUAUUAAAAGUAAUGGCAAGAUUUGUCAAUACAGAUAUACAAAUCCAAGAGAUUGCUGGGAGAGACAUACUGUUCUGUGAUUGUAGAAGAAGCACCACAGGAGGAUAUGCUGAUACCAACUUGUCUUAG